AUGAGUACUCCCAUAAAAAUCUGUCCCGAAUGCGACAAUCUACUCUACCCAAAAGAAGAUAAGAAGCGCAAGAUCCUACUCAGUGCCUGUCGCACCUGUAGUUACACGGAGAUGGCGGAAAGAAACCGCGUGUACAGAAAUGAGAUAACACAUAUCACCGAGAGACCUCAGAUCUUGCGAGAUGCUUAUGCGGAUCCCACACUUCCUCGUCAAAAGGGACUCAAAUGCCCUGUCUGCAACCAUCCACAUGUUGCAUUCUUCUUGAUUAAUCCGACGAUAAACUUCGCUCGAAUGUAUGCUUGCUGCAACCCAAGUUGUUGUCAUAACUGGAGAGCAGAUGGUCAAAGCAUUACUUAA